AUGAAACACCAACACAACACCUCAGGGAAGAGAACGUCACACACUCACUGGGAAUCUGUCGACCAUUUUGCUACACAAGGCCGGGAAGCCUUUGAUUACGGCCACUACGACGACAGAAGCGCUGCACGAGGCUCGGGCAAAGAGAUUAUAGGGGAAUCUUUUGGCUCGGGGGAUUCCUGCGUAGAUAGUACACAGUUCUGUAAUUUAUUAGUGGAAAAUAUGGCACAUAGAGGUCACUACAUACGAAUGCUUGCCGACACUGAGGGUUCCAUCCGUCGGUCGUGCAGGGAACACGUGAUGUUUACAAAAUGACAGAUUGGGCGGGAGAAGAGGAGUAAAAAAAUGAAAGAUUUUUGGGAAUUGUUUGUAAAAGCAAUGCUUGAAGCUUUGUUAAAAAGAAAAAAUCAAUGGGAUUUGUAGUUUUUAAAAAGGUUAAAGGCAAAAAAGUCCGGAAUGGGUGUAGAUUUUCAGGGAGAAAUGGAUAUUCAUUGUCAUAUUACCCUUCAUGUUUCGUGAUUUCGUUUGCUGUUUCAAGAGGGGAUGUUUGUUAAGGACACUAUCAGAACCUGAUAACGGACUACCGUCGCUAUCAGGAACCAAUUCGACGACAAUGAGUUGAGCCACAGGCAAUAGGGCAAUUUUUGAAGGGCAUAUAUCUCCGUAAACUGCAAAAUAAAUAUUUUCGGUCGUCUGAAUUGAUGAUUCAAUUAAAUCUCAAGACUAAACACUACCCCGAAAUUCCUCGAGAUUGUGUGCAAUAU